AUGAAUCAAUGGGUAUUAAAUAAUACAAAUAAGGGCACUAAUAAAGCAACAACAGUUGGAAAUACAACUGUUUUUCAGUAUCCUUGCGAUUCUAAUAAUGAUUGCACUUUUUAUAAUGCAGUUUUAUCGCCUGGACUUUAUAAACUUGAAGUUUGGGGUGCGCAAGGUGGUGGAAGCUAUCAUGAUGGAGCUUGGUGCCCUUCUAGAGGAAAAGGCGGUUAUUCCGUUGGUGCAAUGUCAUUAUACAAGGAAACUUAUGUUGCCGUUUUUAUUGGUGGAAGAGGCCAAGAUGGUGUGAAUCCCACAAUAUCAGUUGCAUUAGGAGGGUAUAAUGGCGGAGGGAGCUGUAUAAUGUAUUCUGGUGAUGGCAGUGAUGAUACUGGCGGUGGUGGGGGAGGUGCAAGUGAUAUUAGAAUCAAUGGAAUUGAUCCCAAAAAUAGAAUUAUAGUUGCUGGAGGCGCAGGAGGAAAUGGAUUUGAUACAGGAUAUUUUAAUCUUCAACCGUAUCCAUAUGGAGGUGGAUUAGUCGCAUCUCCACCUGUUGGAAAAAAUGUACAAGGAACACCUGCUUCCCAAACAACUGGAUAUUCCUCAAGCGGUCAAGGACAGACUGCUACUUCGUAUAGUGAAAUGAUGUUUGCAGGAGGUGGUGGAGGAGGUUUCUUUGGCGGUUUCACCAUAAAAGGUAGUUGUGGAGGCCAAGGAGGUGGAGGUUCUGGCUAUAUUGGAGGUGUUACAUCAUUUGGAGAUAUAACAGCUUUAUCCAAACCAGGAAAUGAAAAUAUGCCACUCAUAGAUGGAAAUGGAGUUGGCAAUAGUGAUCAUGGUAAAGCCAGAAUAACUCUUCUUUUUAGCCUCCCAGUUUUAAACAAACAAAGGAUUUCGUGCAUGCAAAUUUAUUUCUGUAGAAGUAAUAUUUUUCAAGUAUUUAUUUUCACUUUAUUUUUAUCUUAA